UUUUGGGGGCAGUGCCUAAUUCAAAUCUGCUCCGUCUUGGACACACGCCUCGUUUUUGGCUCCGCCAGUCUCUCCAGCUCCGGCCCCACGCACCAGCCCCAGGUCCAGCUCCAGGUCCGGCCCCAGGUCCGGCCCCACGCACCAGCUCCAGGUCCGGUUCCAGCUCGCUGCAGAGACCAGAGAAAGUAAAAACUCCUGCAGGAUGCUGCAGGAAGAAACGAAGUAACUGUUGCCUUUGUGGAAAUGCUGCUGCGUGAUGAUGGAUGCGGUGGACUCCGUGGAUCCGUACAGCCGUCCGGCGCGCAGGACACAGUGGAUCGUCAGCACUCUGGCUUACCACUACGGACUGGACCGAGGAGUGGAAAACGAAAUUAUAGUUUUGGCCACUGGAUUAGAUCAAUAUCUACAGGAGAUUUUCCACCAUCUGGAUUAUCAGGGCGUUGGCAAAGUCCCGGCGGAGGACUUCAGCGUCUUGUGUGAAGUUUUGGGACUGAACAAGGACUCGGACACAGAAUGCGUCGGAGUUUUGGAUAAUUUACCCAGCGAGCUCACCUUCAGACACUUCCACGCUAAACUGUGCGGAUACUUCAGCACCAAGGCGGGGUGUCAGUAUGAGAACGACCGGCUGCUGGUGGGGAAGGACAGCGAGCACAUCGAGACCCAGAUCCGCUUGAGGAGCCCUCUGAAGCGGAGAGAGAAGCUGCUGUCGGUGGGAGCCAGCGGACGCUCCUCUCCGUCCCCGGACGAGCGACACGCCCCCGGCUGCAGGCUCAGCUCCUGCACCAGGGAGUGCUACGAGGAGAUCGUGGCCCUGGAGGAGGCGGAGGACCGGAUCGGCAAACUGGAAGAUGAGAAUGCGAGUUUGAGGGAGCUGAUCGAGGACAUGAGAGCCGCGCUUCAGAGCAGCGAUGCCCGCUGCUUGGCUCUGCAGGUGGGACUGUGGAAAAGUCAUUCCAGACACAAACGAGAAGGAUGUUUGGUCUCCCAGCCAAGACAAACUAUCCAGAAAAGUCUGUCCAAGGCCAGCCCGCAAAGCAGCGCCUACAGCAACCUAAAGAGCCUGCAGAGCUUCCUCCAUGAGAUGGACCUGCUGCGUGGAUCCAGACACCAGCAGGUGGAGGACGCCAUGCUGUGUAAUCUCAGACUGGAACAGGAGCUGUGGAGCUCUAAAGAGACCGUGGCCGCUCUGGAGGACUGCACCCGGGCUCUGAAGAGGGAGCAGGUGGCCAUGAGGAGGAAGGUGGAGGAGGCCAGGCAGGCGCUGCUCAGCGGACUUGGCAAAGUGAAAGAACUGGAAGUGAAGGCCAGUCGUGUGCCAGCGCUGCAGAAGCAGAUUCUCGAGCUGGAGUCAGAGCUCGUCUACUACAGGUCAGAAGAGUCGAAGCUCCAACUCUCCAGCAACGGCAGGGCAGAACAUCAGCUGGGCAGGAUGAGCCAGAGAUGCUGGUCGGACACCCAACACGACCGCCGAUCCCCGACAGGGCGAGCCGUCACCACCCCGGACAAGCUGGAGGAGCAGCUGUUUCGGUCAGUGGAAGGCCAGGCGGCCUCGGACGAAGAAGAGGACAAAUGGACGGGAGACCAACAGAAACAGGUGGACGAGAUGAAGAGGACAUUGGCAAGGCUGUCAAGCUGCAGUGACAGGUGUGAUGACAGGCCGUUCAGGAAGCUGAUGUCUAAUUUUGGGAGCUCCAGAAGUGAGGAGAGUUGCAUCGCUGUGAUGGAGCUCCUGGAGAGGGUGACCCGGUUGCAUAAGCAGCUGGAGCUAAAGGAAAGCCGGGCGGAGAUAGACAUGGACCAGAUGAAGGACUCCUUGAUGCAGGAUCUGCAGCAGAAAGCUGGGGAGACCGAGCUGCUUCAGAAGGAGCUGCAGAAGCUGGAGACAGACAGGGUUCGCCUGUCGCUGGUGGAGGAGAAGCUUGUGGACAUCCUGCAGCUCCUGCAGCAGCUCAGAGACCUGAAUGUCUCCCGGAGGUCUCUGGGGAAAAUCUUGCUCAGCACUUUGGAGUCUGGCAGCGACCCACAGCACGGUAAAGCCCACAUUCUGGAGGUCCUCAACGCUCUCUACCACGAACUGGCUGCUUGUGAGAUUCUGUUCAGUGGAAAGGACACAGAGUCAGCAGUCUUUCAUCCAGACUGCCUCCUGCUGGGCCUACAGUGCUGAAGCAUCCAUCCAUCCUUUUAGUGUCUAUCCCUGUUUAUUCCAAUGCAAGGAUGUUACCAGCUGGGCAGACAUCCAGCUUGAUGUGUAUCAUACAGUAGCUUAUAUACUCCUCAUACAUUAUAAAGUCCUGUUAGCCUAGAAAUGUUGAAGAUGAAAUUCUUACUUAUACAUUUUUCAGGAACUUUUUAUUGUACAUAACUUGGACUUAUUAUUAUAUUUUUACUAAUGUGAAAAUGCUCAAAUUUAAAGGAGUUUAAUUUCUCCUUAGAAUUAUUCUCAUCUCAGUUCACAAAUUUCCAUUUAAAGAUUAAAUGGUUUGAGAAGAUGAUAUCUUUAAUAGGAAAAGUAAAAAGGAUAUUUGGACAACUCUGGAGGCGACUGUUGGUGUGUUUGUAAUCCUCAGGAUGCUUCCCCGUGUCUAUGGGAACAUCAUGUUUGUUCUUGGCUGAAAGCAUCACAUGAGCUGCACCAAUAAAAACACACUGCUAAUGUCUCAA